AGGAACCCAGUCUUCUGGGUGCAGGUGUGCAGCCGGGCCAGGGCUGGUGGGCCUCCAGCACUACCUGCAGCCCCUCCCCGUUGCAGGCAAGCAGAAGCAGCCAUGGCGGGCAUGAAGACAGCCUCCGGGGACUACAUUGACUCAUCUUGGGAGCUACGGGUAUUCGUGGGCGAGGAGGACCCCGAGGCUCAGUCAGUGACCCUCCGGGUCACAGGAGAAUCGCACAUUGGAGGGGUGUUGCUGAAGAUCGUGGAAGAGAUCAAUCGAAAGCAGGACUGGUCUGAUCAUGCCAUUUGGUGGGAGCAGAAGAGACGAUGGCUGCUACAGACCCACUGGACACUGGACAAGUACGGAAUCCUGGCUGACGCUCGCCUCUUCUUUGGGCCACAGCACAGGCCGGUCAUCCUGCGGUUGCCUAACCGCUGUGCAUUGCGCCUGCGCGCCAGCUUCUCCAAGCCCCUCUUCCAGUCUGUGGCCGCCAUCUGCCGCCUGCUCAGCAUCCGGCACCCUGAGGAGCUGUCUCUGCUGCGGGCUCCUGAGAAGAAGGAGAAGAAGAAGAAGGAGAAAGAGCCAGAGGAAGAGAUCUAUGACUUGACCAAGGUCGUCCUGGCUGGGGGCAUGGCCCCUGCUUUGUAUAGAGGAAUGCCAGCUCACUUCUCGGACAGCGAGCAGACGGAGGCCUGCUACCGCAUGCUGAGCCGGCCACAGCCGCCACCAGACCCACUCCUGCUGCAGCGCCUGCCCCGGCCUGGCUCCCUGGCUGACAAGACGCAGCUCCAUAGCAGAUGGCUGGACUCCUCGCGCUGCCUCAUGCAGCAGAACAUCAAGGCGGGGGACACGCUCUGGCUGCGCUUCAAGUACUACAGCUUCUUUGACCUGGACCCCAAGACAGACCCGGUGCGGCUGACGCAGCUGUACGAGCAAGCUCGCUGGGACCUGCUGCUGGAGGAGAUCGACUGCACGGAGGAGGAGAUGAUGGUGUUUGCAGCCCUGCAGUACCACAUCAACAAGCUGUCCCAGAGUGGGGCUAUGGGGGAGCCAGCCAGCUCUGACCAGGGCUUGGAUGACCUGGAUGCAGCCCUGAGCAACCUGGAGGUGAAGCUGGAGGGCUCGGCCCCCACAGACGUGCUGGACAGCCUCACCACCAUCCCAGAACUCAAAGACUAUCUCCGAAUCUUCCGGCCCCGGAAGUUGACUCUAAAGGGCUACCGGCAGCACUGGGUGGUAUUCAAGGAGACCACGCUUUCGUACUACAAGAGUCAGGAAGAGGCUCCAGGGGACCCCAUUCAGCAGCUCAACCUCAAGGGCUGUGAGGUGGUCCCCGAGGUCAACGUCUCCAGCCAGAAGUUCUGCAUCAAACUCCUGGUGCCCUCACCGGAGGGCAUGAGCGAGAUCUACCUGCGGUGCCAGGAUGAGCAGCAGUAUGCCCACUGGAUGGCUGGCUGCCGCCUGGCUGCCAAGGGCCGCACCAUGGCGGACAGCAGCUACGCCAGCGAGGUGCAGGCCAUACUGGCCUUCCUCAACCUGCAGCGGGCCGGCGGAGGCGGGGGAUCCGGCAGCCAACCCCAGGGCUCCGAUGCCUCCGCUGAGAGCCUCAACCCUCAUGGUCUCGUUGCCCCCCGAUUCCAGCGCAAGUUCAAGGCCAAGCAGCUGACUCCACGGAUCCUGGAAGCCCACCAGAAUGUGGCCCAGCUGUCACUGAGCGAAGCCCAGCUGCGUUUCAUCCAGGCCUGGCAGUCGCUGCCCGACUUUGGCAUUUCCUAUGUCAUGGUCAGGUUCAAGGGCAGCAGGAAAGACGAGAUCCUUGGCAUUGCUAACAACCGACUGAUCCGAAUCGACUUGGCCAUGGGCGACGUGGUGAAGACCUGGCGCUUCAGUAACAUGCGCCAGUGGAAUGUCAACUGGGACAUCCGGCAGGUGGCCAUCGAGUUUGACGAGCACAUCAACGUGGCCUUCAGCUGCGUGUCUGCCAGCUGCCGCAUUGUGCAUGAAUACAUCGGGGGCUACAUUUUCCUGUCCACCCGGGAGCGAGCCCGUGGGGAGGAGCUGGACGAGGAUCUCUUCCUACAGCUCACUGGGGGCCAUGAGGCCUUAUAAGGACAGCCAGGUUGC